AUGGCUCUAACCCUCCAACCAGUAACUCAAACCGACAUCCCCUCUUUAUCAGAACUCUGGUACAAAUCGUUCAGUAUCCCCAUCAACCUCCUCAUGUUCCCCGACACACCGAACAUCCGAAACUGGUGGAACGAAGCCAACAGCAACGAUCUUCUCCGCAACCCACGUCGAAAAUACCUCAAAAUUGUGGAUCCCGCUGGAACUGCGGUUGCAUACGCUAAAUGGGAUCUGGACCCACAGCACAGUGGUGCGCGUUUUCCUGCUUGGCAUGCGGAGUCGGAUUCAGAGACUUGUAAUUUGGUAUUUACCAAGCUGGAUGAGGAGAAGAAGCUUUAUUUUGGAACGAGGAAAUUUUACUACUUGGAUAUGCUGGUUGUGCAUCCUGAGUAUCGGGGUAGAGGGGCUGCUUCGAUGUUGAUUCAAUGGGGAUGUGAGCUUGCGGAUCGGGAGGGUGUUCCUGUUUAUUUGGAUGCGCAUGUUGAUGCUGCUUCGUUGUAUCGGAGGUUUGGGUUUAAGGAUCGGGAGGAUAAGUCGGUCACUCCUGAGGGGGCGAUUUCGAUGAUUCGAGAGCCUGUGAAGUAG